AUGGAGCGCGAGCUGGAGGCGCUGGUGGCGCGGCCCGGGGACCCUGCCGAGCCGCCCUUCCAGGCGCUGGUGGAGGCGGCGGGGGGCCGCGGGCAGGUGCUGCUGGUAGGCGAGCUGUGGGAGCGCGAGCAGAGCCGCGCCCUGCUGCGGGAUUUCGCCCGCGCCGUGUUCCCGCCCGAGCCCGCCGGGGGCCCUCGGGGCAGCGCGGAUGCCGAAACCCGAGCGCGGGGCCCGGGCGCGGCGUGCGGGCCGCGGAGGGCCCCGGGCGCGGCGGCGACGCGCGCCAUCCGCUCGCCGCUGGUCUUCGUGCUGUGCCGCGCGGCGUCGCUGGCCGCCCGGGAGCCGCGGCGCCGCCUGCAGGAUAUGCUGCGGGACGUGCGCGGCCGGCGGCGGGCGGGCGCGGCGAUGGUCGGUGUGCUGGUGGCCGAGGCGGGGGCCGAAGACGCGGCGGAUUUGGGGCUGCCCCGGCUGGUGGCGCUGCUGCGCGUCGAGUUCGGCCGCCAGGUAGGUGGCCAUUAG